UUUAUGAUGUACUAAAUUAUUUUCGUAUGGACCUUUAAGUGAGUUCUAUUUAAAUAUUACGUCAACGAAGUGCGAUUGGAAAUUUAUCUAGACAAUUAUAAAUAAGAACGUUAUUAAGAAGCAACUCGGUCAGUCAUUAGACGACGUUCACAGCAACAACCAAGAUGCUAUUUUUUGCAAUCGCCGUCUCUUUGGCAACAGUGUCGUAUGCCGACAUCACCGGUCAGCGUCCGGCUUCGGGCACCUGUCUUUGUGUGACGGGAACCAAUGUGAAUGCAAGAGCUUCCGGAUCUUCACACGCUGCCGUCGUCGGAACUGUGAGCACACCAGAAUGCUACAAACUCAACGGCGGAAUCGUGACCGCCGACGGGUACACGUGGUACGAGCUGCAGAACGUCAACGGUCAUAAAGGAUGGGUUGCCGGAACAUUCCUGAGCAUUGGCACGGCAGCGCAAUGCACCACGUCCUCGACAGGAGGGUCAACAGGUGGCAGUGCUUGCAGUGAUGCAACCGCCAAGGAUUAUGCUUGCAAGCUGCUUGCAGCCGUCAACUCAGGGUCCAUGGCAGCCGCCAAGGCUCAUGCUUCUGGAAUGCAUGACAAUGCAUACCCUUAUAACAACCUCCAGGACGCAUGCGCGGGCCGUGCCGCUGCUAGAUCUAGCUACCAGGACUCAGGAUGCCCUUGCCACGCCCCUGGUGGCCACGUGUGUUUGAGCGCCAAAAUCUUGAAAUACCUCUGGGAUCUCCACAGUCACUUUGGAUACAUCCAUAUCAACGAGCUCUCAGGAGGCUGUCACAGCUGUCACUCCGCACAUUACGCAGGAACCGCUACGGACAUACACAAUCCUCCAGAUCAGAGAGCAUACAUGGUGAGCUUCUGUAAGUCCAGUGGGGCCGCGCUUGGCCAGGACGAGGGCAACCACGUGCAUUGCAACUUCUGAGUCCUCUGAUGGUUUGGACGCAUGUAUCUAUGAUACAAUUGCGAACUUUGGGUGUCGAAACGUGUUAAAAUUUAUUGUAAUAAAGUUAAGUGCUGAAUGAA